UCCGCAUCUCACAGAUUCACUGUGUGGCUGCUCCGUAGAGAACAACAGGCUACCUCCCUCAGUCCUGUGAUGCUGCGCAGCAGUGGGACAAAGGAAACAAAAAAGGAAGAUUUGAAGCAAUGUUGCCAUCUAACAAAGAGCCAUAAAAUCAGGAUCAACAUAGGAUUCUAGAUAAGAAAAUCAUUAUGACAGCAUCUUUGUGUUAUUGAUUACAUUUGAAUCAUAUAGAAAAUUAGUUGUCAAUACAUAACUCCACUGAUGACCUCAAGUUUUUAGUUCAAGAAGGUGAUGCUUUUCUGUGUUCAGUCAAGCCACCACUAUCAGGAUUUUUUAGUGGCUUGUAAGCAUAUUAGGAGCCUGAUGUCUUGCUUUGAGGGAGGCUACUUGUGACAGAGCAGCGCUGCUGUAAGUAGGGAUGUGGAAUAAAACAUUCACGCAGCUAGAGGAGUUCAGUCUGCCUCAGUCUCACUGGCAGGGCAGCCCUUUCUCCAGCACACAGCCCUGCAGCAGCUCCACGCUGUCCUCAUGUGGCACUAGUUACUGACUGGCAGACUUGUCAGCGCAGCCAGUGGGCUGACUGAAGCUGAAACUCCAGCUGCGCCAUGGCUUCAUCGGACAAUGAUGAAACUGGGAGUGAUCUGUCUGAGUCUCUGGAAAUCUGUGAGCUCCAAGAGCAAUACAUGGAGCCAGAGACCUGCUUCAAAUCCAAAAGUCUACCCAUCCUGAAUGGUCCUUGUCAACAGGAUGGCAAGGCUGCCGAGCCUCGGCUGGUCAGCACAGCCCAGACCUGUGUGGCCGUGGAGGACAGUUGCGGGCUCCAGCCUAAAACUCCGGACUCUAGUCAGGCAGAGUCCCCCUCCUCCAGAACAGACUUCUCCCCCUCUGUGUCCAGCAUGGUGGGGCUCAGCACCUCUCUGCCUUUGGAGGGCCACAGGACCACAGGCUCCGGCGGCAAAAAACUUGGUUUCUCUCUCACCCGCCUUAUCCACAUCCCAGCCAGAAGGUAUGUGCGGGUCAUCCUGAGCGACUCGCGCUGCUUCUUGUUCUGCAUGUGCUACCUGACCUUCAUCCAGUCCCUGAUGGUUUCGGGCUACCUGAGCAGUGUCAUCACCACCAUUGAGAAGCGCUACAGUCUGCGUAGCUCCGAGUCCGGCCUGCUGGUCAGCUGCUUCGACAUCGGCAGCUUGCUGGUGGUCGUCUUCAUCUCGUACUUUGGCGGUAGAGGUCAGAGGCCACGUUGGCUGGCUGUGGGGGGUGUUGUGAUUGCUGUAGGCGCAGCAUUGUUUUCCCUUCCCCACUUUAUCUCACCACCCUACCAGAUCCAAGAGAUGAACUCCUCAGCGGGCCACGAAGGCCUCUGUCAGAGCAGCAACAACAGCGGCCGUGAACUUGAUGUGGCAUCGUGCCCUCGCGACCAGGAGGGCAAUGAGCACAACCUGUACGUGGCGCUCUUCAUCUGUGCCCAGAUACUCGUGGGCAUGGGGUCAACGCCAAUCUACACCCUAGGGCCCACCUACCUGGAUGACAAUGUGAAGAAAGAAAAUGCAUCUCUGUAUCUGGCCAUCAUGUAUGUGAUGGGAGCCCUGGGACCUGCAGCUGGCUACCUACUUGGAGGCGUCCUUAUCGGCUUUUAUGUUGACCCCAAGACUGUUGUCAACAUCGACCAGAAUGACCCCCGUUUUGUUGGCAACUGGUGGAGUGGCUUUCUCUUGUGUGCCAUAGCGAUGCUUCUGGUCAUCUUCCCCAUGUUUGCCUUCCCUAAAAAGCUGCCGCCACGCCACAAAAAGAGGAAGAAGAAGAAGAAGAUCGGCUCACCGGGUGACGUGUCCAGUGAUGAUGAUGUGAUGAAGGAAAAGUCCAAUAGCAAAGGCCAAAAUGUUUCCUCCUCCAUGGGCUUUGGAAAGGAUAUUAAAGACCUUCCCAAGGCAGCGCUGAGGAUCCUCAGCAACAUGACCUUCCUGUUCGUCAGCCUGUCCUACACAGCAGAGUGUGCCAUUGUCACCGCCUUCAUAACCUUCAUUCCCAAGUUUAUUGAGUCACAGUUUGGUAUCCCUGCCUCCAAUGCUAGCAUAUACACAGGUGUUAUCAUCGUACCCAGUGCCGGGGUGGGAAUCGUGCUGGGGGGCUACAUCAUCAAGAAGUUGAAGCUCGGUGCAAGAGAGUCAGCCAAGCUGGCCAUGAUCUGCAGCGGGGUGUCUCUUCUGUGCUUUUCCACUCUCUUCAUUGUGGGCUGCGAGAGCAUCAAUCUAGGAGGCAUCAACAUACCCUACACAACUGGUCCGACCCUGACGAUGACCCACAGGAACCUGACGGGCAGCUGCAACGUGAACUGUGGCUGCAGGAUCCACGAGUACGCUCCAGUCUGCGGCUCUGAUGGUAUCACCUACUUCAACCCCUGCCUGGCUGGAUGCAGCACUGUGGGCAAUGACAGCACUGGGAUCAGGAACUAUACUGACUGUGGCUGCGUGCAGAGCAGGCAGGUCAUCACUCCGUCCUCCGGCGGCCAGGUCAAUCAGCUCCAGCUGGUCAUUGUUAAAACGUACCUGAAUGAGAAUGGCUAUGCGAUGUCGGGGAAGUGUGACCGCACCUGCAACACACUCAUCCCUUUCCUCAUCUUCCUCUUCAUUGUCACUCUCAUCACUGCCUGUGCUCAGCCUUCCGCCAUCAUUGUCACACUCAGGUCUGUUGAUGAACAAGAGAGGCCCUUUGCUCUUGGGAUGCAGUUUGUCUUGCUUCGAACUCUUGCCUACAUACCGACGCCCAUCUACUUCGGUGCUGUGAUCGACACCACCUGCAUGUUAUGGCAGCAGGACUGCGGCGUGCACGGCUCAUGCUGGGAGUACGACGUCACCUCGUUCCGGUUUGUCUACUUCGGCCUGGCAGCCAGCCUGAAGUUCGUCGGCUUCGUCUUCAUCUUCCUCACCUGGUACUCGAUCAAGCACAAGGAGGCGCGAGCUGAGCGCUGGCGUCAGCACCUGCCUCCGCUGGGCACCGUCAGCGAGCUCAUAUGCCACGCCGGAGGCCAGAAAAGCCACGCGCGCACUCGUUCCUGUCCCGUGUUCAUCCCGCCUCGGCCCGACCCGCCAGCUGCCCUCCUGCUUAACCAUGGGCACAGCAGCCUCAGCUGCCCAGGCAAUGCCCUUAAAGCAAUAACUCCCCCCAUCUUGUUGCCACAUCACCACCGAGGCUCUGCCCACGUCUGAGAGCCUCCCUUCGGGUUUCAUGGUGACACGUGCCUUCCUGUUUGUGCAUUUGCAUGACACAGUGUCUGCUUACAACACCAAUCAGACACCAGGCGGGCUCCCCAGAUUCUGUAGGGCAUACAGGUAGAGACACAAGUACGUCCACACUACCUAAAGGGCUGCUUGUCCUUUACGAUGACUGGAGAGCGAAAGAUGUUCUUUUACUCAGAGCAUAUCAUCAGCUGCAGCCACAUGGCAUCCACACAGAAGGUCAGACCUCCAGGUUUGGACACUAUAAAGACAUCUCAUGGUGCUACUGUUAAAGGGCAGGGCAUUAUAAUUAUGUACAGACAGAUGAAUCCUCAUCAACACAGCAUCUAAAGCACAACCUGUACUAUGCAAGAUCCUAUGUACAGCCCCCUCUAUCUGUACCUCUUUUUCUCUGCUCAUCCACACAUACCACCACACUGUUGUGGACUCUGAUAAUCCCACAGUUUAAGCUGUGAGCACAUCAGCUGUCUCUUGUGCAUUUGAGCCUUUCCACCCGUUUUCUUGUCUGCUGUCGUCUGCGUCUUCAGUGAGAUUGGUUUCUAAUCCUUUCACCUUCCUUUUUUCUUAACAGUGCCUCUCAGGCUGCCUCAGCCAGUCCAGUAUACAAGGCUAGCUACCAGGGUAAAUGCUAGUUACUGAAAAGCCAGUCACUUUUUGUUCAGCUUUUUGUGAUUGGCUGUCACAGAUUUUGAGUCACAGAUGAUCCUCUGCAAGUUAACCGUGUAGCUUAAAGCAGAUAAAGAGCAGUGGUACAGUGUUGAACGACUUCUGCAGAAAGUCAGUAGACAAGAAAUCUCUAUUUCAUUACCCGUGAUGUUAUUAACAUGUUGUUUGUCAGGUGGCAAAUGUGAGAAAGGAAAUGAGAAUGGUACAUUUUCUCUAACCAUGUGCUGAAGUUACUGAAUGUCCCAAAGAUGUGACAGUAUCUUUUGUUUUGUUUUUUUAAACGUGGCAAAACUUUAACCCCUUUUUAAAAACAUUGUCUUCAGAGUAAAAUGAUUUGUAUGGAAUCUAUAGCAACAACCAGCAGAUGAACAGAUGCAUCAUUUUGGCUUUGUAUUGUAAUAGCUUCUCCGUACUACUGAUCAUGAGAUGUACAUAGUAGUAAUUCAAGAAUAUAAUAGUAGUUAAGCAACCAUGACCCCUUUAGUCAGUUCUUGGGCGUUUGGGGCCAUCUAGUGGACAGAGAUGAUGGCGUGAAGGCCAGUGAAUGCUGCUGUUUGUCAGACCUACUGUACUUUGAAAUUAUGAAAUGACUGGUUUCUAAGUUGAUCACUGCUCUAGAUUAAUCGCCACAGCCCCCCCGUUUAGAUUAUCACUGAACGAAACGAUUAUCUGCUGUCUUCGAUAUUUAUUGAAUUAAGUCAGAUGUUUAAAUUUUUUCCUGCUGGUUUGAUGAAGUCUGCCGUGUUUCCUUUAACACUGGGCUCGUGUUUCAGUCAACUAUGACUUCACUUCCUUUGAUCAGGAGAAGAAACGAGGAGGCACUGAAGCCUUGUUGUGUUCUGAAGUUAGAAAUGCACUUUAUAUAAGUGCAUUCAAAAAGUCAAAUGUGACUUUUUUUUGAAAACCAAAUUUUAAGUUUUUUUUUCCAUAUGUGCGAAGGAAUAAAUGAAAAAAAAAAAAGUAUUUUAUAUUCUGAUUGGUUUGAGUUAUUUAGUCACUAGUUUUGAAUCUAAUGCAGUGACUAAAUUUGCCCAAGAUUCAGUGUCCUGCUGCCUAAAGAUUAUCGUAGGUAGAUCCAAGUUUAAUUUUAAUAUUACUGUGACUUCAAAUAAAAUAUUCAAAAGUUGUCAUUGUGUAAAUAUUAAAGCAAAUGAAGCAUAUUAUAGAGCUCACAUGUAGUUAGCAACAUAUUUAUGAACUAAUCCAUGACUGUAGUUAAAAAGAAAAAAAAAAAAAAACACUUAAAGCUACAAAAAAAAAAAAAACGUGUUCUAUGGUGGCUGAACAGUAUUAUUCAAAUGGGAAAGUUUAUUUUCCAUCAUGGAGGGGAAAGAGUUGGGUUAUUGAAAUGUUAUCUGGUAACAGAACAAAUUAAUUACACUGUUUAAACUAUGCUUCCCAGAAUGCCCUUCUAUCUCUUAUGAUUCUCUACGCUUCCUCCCCUGUGUCGUAUUUAUCACGCACUCUAAAAAGAAAUAGCAAUGGAAAUGGGAAAUGGACUAGUUCUUAUAUAGCGCCUUUCUACUCUAGCUGAGCACUCAAAGCGCUUUAUACAACACGUUUGCAUUUACCCAUUCACACAGGCGCCGUUUUUCUCCUUCAGUGCUUUCUAACAUUCAUACUCCGGCGGAUGCAUCAGAGAGCAUCUUGGGGUUCAGUAUCCUGCCCAAGGAUACUUGGGACGCAGAUUGGAGCAGCCAGGAAAUCAGACUACCAACCUUCCUAUUAGCAGAUGACCUGCUCUACCGCCUGAACCACAGCCACCCCUGAAUGUAGGAUUAUUGAUCACGUGACUGAAAGGCUAAUCAUCGAUUGGCUUACUCUGUUCUGAUCAAAAAAAAAAAAAAAUACCUGUUCACUGCAAGGUGGAC